CACCCCAAAAAAAAAAAAGUUAAAUUCAAGAACUUUUAUUUAUUUUAAUUUAUUUAUUAAAAUGGAUGUUAAUAAUGAAGAUAUUGAGAAGGUUGAGCCUGGAGAAUUACUUGAAGACAUCUGGUUUUUUGGUAAUUUACUACAGAGAAAAUCAAGAAUGCUGAGAAGUUUAUCUGAUCCCUGCACUUCUUCUUUUUCUUCUUCAUCAAAAGUGUACGGCGGCCAAGAAGAGGCUUCGCCGGAGAAAUCAUACGAGGAAACCUACGAGUCAAUCAAGAAGCUGUCGGCCGGAGACGAGCCGCCGCGGCGGAGUCUGAUCAGGGCGCCGUCGGAUCCGUCGAGUUCGGCGAGGAAGGAUCAGAAACCGGCGAAAAAGGGUGGUGAUUCUCUCAGAGGCAAAUCGUCGAACAGGAGGCGUGCACCGGCGAACGCCUUGAACCGCGCGCCGUCUCUUCCGACCAGUUUGCAGGAGACUGACGAAGAAGAGAACGAGUUCUCCAUGGGGAAAUUGAUCCGACAAGCUUCGAUGAACUACUCCGACACGCUACCGCCGAGGAAACACGCCGCCAAGGCGCUUACACCAAGCUCGAGUGUAUCGAGGUACAGAUCCACGAGAAAGAAAUCGGAGGUCGAGGGUAUUAAAUUCGAUCUGGAAUCGGAGGAAUUAUUACGAGGGUUUAACGAUUUGAGAUUAGAUUCCGGCGGAAAAGAUUCGAGCCCUAAUCCGAUCAGCAUCGCACCAGGUUUGCAGGAAAGGAAGAGGGUCGAUGAAGAAGAAGAUGAAGUUGUGAAACACAGUAGGGCGAUGCGGCCGUAUCUAUCGGAGGCGUGGGCGGCGGCGCCGAAGCAGAGCUCAGCUCCGCCGUUUCCCAAGUGGGGCGGCGGCGGCGGCAAGGCGAAGAGAUCGAACGAGGAUGUGAAGGCGCAGAUUAAGUUUUGGGCCAGGGCGGUGGCGUCUAACGUGCGCCAGGAGUGCUGAAAAGUUUGACAAUUUUUUUUUUUUUUAAUAUUUAUUUUGCAGAAAUAAAACGUGAUUUGUUACAGUUGGUGAAUUGAGAUUCGCCAUUGUUGGAAAAUGAAGAUCAUUUGCAAGAAAAGUUCUCUCUAACACUA